GCUCAGCUGGUCAAGAGAGAAAAGCAUUUUCUUCUUUGAGCAAAAAAAUAUUGUUUUAUUUAUUUUUUACAGUAUACAUUUCAGAUGAAUUUCUUGCCUAUCUCCAUCCUACAGCAGGAGAGCACUGUGGAUUACAGUAUAGCAUGUAGAAGGCUGAAUACUGAGGCCAAGAACUCCUCAUGGAAAUACAUAGACGGAAUUACAACAACACUGAACAAUGCAGCGUAGUAAGUGCCUAACAUAAUGGUGUUUCCUCUCUCUCCUUUCUGAAAAAGAGAUAGAAUCACUUGUGAUGGUGGGACCAGAAAGUUGCAAUGGUAACUUUCCAUGAGCCACAUGACCUUCGCAAGAUGCAGGUCCCAACCCAUCUGAAUGUGCCCCUGUCACCGGGACUGCGACGCAAAAAGCUGAUGUGGCAGAAUGCUGUAAAGCACAUCAUCAGCCAGAGGCAGCUGAGGGAGCAAUACGUUGUGGAGCCAGCCCGCAAGAUUUAUGUCACCGAUGCGUACAUUGAGGAGAUCAACUGCCAGAUCCGCAAUAAAGCAUCCCGUGGCAUAACCAAGCGACGGUCCUCCGUUGCCCGUAUUCAUCCAUCAUUUUUUGGAGAGCGCAGUAGCUCUGCCAGCACGCAGGCUGGGAUCUCGGCUGACUACGCCAGUGACGCAGACUUUUUUGUGCGCUGGGGUCGCACCAUUCAUGGGGUGUAUGUGCCAACAUUGAGGCACACCUUCAAAUCCCGAGACCUGGAGAAGCUCUACCAUCGGCACUCUUCACAUACCAGACGCACCUCACUAGUGGUCACCAACAUUUUAGAUGCCGCUGCCAAGCUUCACCUGUUGGUCCUGUACCUGGCACUGGUGCCAGAUGGCUCAGACCUGCUGCAUGGCUGCCUCACUGCUGUCUUCUUGGCCUUUGCUGUGGUGCUUUGUGUUCUUGUGCUCACUUGCAAACGUUCACAUUCCCCAGAGUGGUUGCAUUAUGCUGGCAUGGCCAGCUGGCUAUCGCAGACCGCUCAGGUACUGGGUGGGCUCGGGUACGGUCUGGAGAAUGACCCAUCGUGGUACGUUUUGUUCACCCUGUUUGCCACGUACACUCUUCUCCCGUUGCCACUAUUGUGGGCCAUGGCAGCUGGCUCACUCACCUCCACACUAGACCUCAUUGUAGAGACAGCACGGAACUUCAAUGAAGUGGGACUGCUGAGAAAGAUUCUUGCAAAGACCUUGCUAUACACAAGCAUGAACACCGCAGGUCUUUUCAUCCAUUACCUGACGGACCGAGCACAGAGACAGGCCUUCCUUGAAACACGGCGCUGCAUCCAGGGCCGCAUGAAGCUGGAAACAGAAAACCAGAGACAGGAGCGUUUGGUGUUGUCUAUACUGCCUCGAUUUGUUGCCUUUGAGAUGAUUGCUGAUAUGACUGCCCUGGGUAGUGAGCUGCUCCCUCAACAGUUCCACAAGAUCUACAUUCAUCACUACACUGACGUCAGCAUCCUGUUCGCUGAUAUAAAGGGAUUUACUCUGUUGUCCAUGACCAUGUCUGCCCAGGAGCUGGUGCGCACCCUCAAUGAGCUCUUCUGCCGUUUUGACCGCCUAGCUGAGGAACACCACUGCUUGAGGAUAAAGAUCCUGGGGGACUGUUACUACUGUGUGUCUGGAGUGCCAGAGCCUCAGAGAGCUCACGCUCGCUGCUGUGUAGAGAUGGGUCUGGCUAUGAUCGGCACAAUAAGGUAUGUGAGAAGGCAACUGAACCAUGACAUGGAUAUGCGGAUUGGGAUCCACUCAGGCUCAGUUCUGUGUGGGGUUUUGGGCCUGCAGAAGUGGCAGUUUGAUGUGUGGUCCUGGGACGUGGGCAUUGCUAACAUGUUAGAAGCAGGAGGCAUCCCUGGUCGUAUACACAUCUCACGAGCCACCCUGGACUGUCUGGAAGGGAACUACCAAACCGAGGAUGGGCGUGGUUAUGAACGCAACGAGUUUCUACGAAAACAUAACAUCGACACUUUCCUCAUUUGCCAUAAGGAGGAGGAUCUCAAUGAAAUGGAGGCAGGGCCUCACAAGAUGCGCACAACCAGUCACACCUGGAACACGAAUAUUCCCUUCGGCAACAUGGUUGAAAUGAACUGUAUUUUGGCUUCAUUCACUAAUGGCUCCUUACUGCAGCUGCCGAACUCAAGAAACCGACGCUCCAGCUCCAAGGAGAUUAAUAAACGGAUUGAGCACGCCAUCGACCUUCGCAGCAGUGAGCGCAUGAGGCAGGAGCACAUCACUGCGGCCACACUGGUGUUCAAGGACACACACAUUGAGGAGAAGUUCUCACAAAUUAGAGAUGAAACUUUUAAGACCAACCUGGUGUGCUCCUUCAUCAUGUUCCUCUUCCUCAUGGCAGUCCAGACUCUCAUCCCUGCACCCAGGUUAUAUCCCAUUGUGAUUCAGUUCAGCCUGGUGCUGCUGGGCUAUCUGCUGUUGUUGGUGAUGGCGCUGUCUGAGGAGUUUAAGCGCUCUCCUGCUGUCCUGCAACAACUUUGCUGCUGGAUCCAUGAAAACAACAGCAUGCGCAGCCUGCUGACCAUCACUGCUAUAGCCAUUAACUUCGGCAUGGCUUCUGCUGACAUGGUUUGGUGUAAUUUAAUGGAUACAGAAGAAGAGAGUGGUGAUAAGAACAAUGUGGAUCUGUCCAGCCAAAUGCCCCUAACCAUCUGCACCCAUCCUGAGUUUUUUGUACUGAGCGGGGUUGUCUCUAUGGUUACCUGUGCUGUGUUUCUGAGACUGAAUUCGCUGCUGAAGCUGACUGUUCUGUUACUGGUGGUCACUGUCUACACUUACUUCAUCGAAGUGGCCUUCCAUGCACUUUAUGUCAGUCAGCAGGAGCAGGAGCAAAUGCUCAGAUCUCACUAUUUAAGGAGAAAGGGAGUGUCCAUUCUGUUAAUGGCCAUGUUUGUGAUAGCUGUGUUCUACAAUGGCCGACAGUGGGAGGCCACAGCGAGACUGGACUUUUUGUGGCGUCUGCAGGCUCAGCAGGAAGUGGAGGACAUGCGGGAGCUGAGGGAGCACAAUGAGUGUCUGCUGCAUAACAUCCUGCCCGCACACGUCACGCGCCACUUUCUGGACAGGAACAAGAAUGAUGAUGAGCUGUAUGCCCAGUCAUAUGAUGAGGUAGGGGUGAUGUUUGCCUCCAUCGCUGGCUUCAAUGACUACUAUGAGCAGAAAGAGAUUAAAUGCGAGGGGGUGGAAUCUCUCAGGCUUCUCAAUGAUAUCAUUACUGACUUUGAUGAGCUGCUGGAAGAGACAUAUUUUUUGGAUAUUGAGAAAAUCAAAACAAUUGGAAGCUGCUACAUGGCAGCAUCUGGCUUAUCACCUGAUAAACAGACUCGAGGUGGAAGUAACUGGCAUCACCUGAGUGAGCUGGUGUUGUUCGCAAUGGCAAUGCAGGAGACCCUAAGAGAAAUCAACAAACACACCUCCAACAGCUUCCAGCUCCGUGUCGGAAUCGCACACGGUCCUGUAGUUGCGGGCGUUAUUGGUGCUGCUAAGCCACAGUACGAUAUAUGGGGGAUGACGGUGAACCUGGCGAGCCGCAUGGACAGCACAGGCAUCAGCGGGAGGAUCCAGGUACCUGAGCCCACCCAGAAAAUCCUGGCAGACUGGGGCUUUGUGCUGGAGCUGCGCGGUGAGAUCUUCAUAAAGGGCGUAAGCGAGCGGCAGGGGCGUUUAAGGACAUACUUCAUCAGCAAUAACAGGGGCCAAAGGACCAGAAACCGGCCUGCAGCAGGUGGAGGGACAGCCAGCCACAGCGGAGGCAGAAACACGCUGGCCUGUGUGGUGUUCAGUCUUCUCCGGGCCAUUCAAAAGGAAAAGCAAAGAGGCAUCACUGGAAGAUUCACCUUGCCCACUAACAGUGUGCAGUGCUAACAUAAAUCCUUGAGCCUUGAAACACAUUACCUCUGAAAUGGACCGAUGUAGACAUGUUGCCUUCAUUCAUAAAGGGAAAUUACAUCAACACACAGUACUGCGCAAAAGUGAGAAACCACUCCUUUAGUUAUUGUAUUUCCAGUCAAAGCCGCGAUUAAGUACAAGUUAUUAGUUUUUUUAUGACAGAAAAUUACACACAAGGCUCAACAACUGAAUAUAAGAUCACAUUUCUUAGUAUUCAGUGUGUCCCUUCUUUACUUUCUUUACAAAUUCCAUUCUUUUUCAAGAAAUCUGCAGGGACAUUUUUCACACAUCCAAAGUUAAGACUUAGUUGGUUGCACGUUCUGACUCACAAUCCAAAUAACCUCAAUUACUAAUUUAGACUCAUCAGUCUGUUAAACUCCACAUUUUAGAUGCCUGGUUUUGUUGUUCUAGUGCACAUGUUCUUCUUUUGUGUCUGUUUCUUUGUCUCAGUAACGGCUUCUUGGCAGCUACACAUCCUUUCAUACCCAUACCAUUUGACUGAAACACCUGUGGAUUUUUGAAGCAUGACUGAAGCUUUUUGAGCUAAGACUCUCCACUCUCUCAAAGAUGAAAGCUUUAAGUACUGUUUAUCUCAGGGGUGUCAAACGCAACCACUAAAAUGGUCAUAUUAAAAAUCCCAGCAUGGACCAGCUGUGUUUUUAUUUUUCAUUGUUACUUAUCAUUUUGCCAUGACCCAAAUGAGCCAUUCAAAGCAUACCAAAAUUGCAAAAGCAAAACAAGCAUUGAAUACUUAUUCAAAAAUAAUUCUAAAUAAAAAUGAAUUGUUUUAGCCAUUUUUUUGUAUUAUUAUUAUUAUUUGCUUAAACUAGACACCAGACAUCUUUUCUUUUUGUGUAACCAUUGGAGCAUAGAUUGUUGUUGGAGGAAGGUCGUCAAACUGUCACACUUUGUUGUAGUGCAUGUUGGAGACUCUAGUAUGAAAUGGGCUUAUAAGAUAAUUGAUAAUAAUAAUUUUGCAGGUUGAAUGGAACUGUGUCAUGGGCCUGUCUUGGCCCGUGGGGCUUGUGUUUGACCUGUGGGGUUUAUCUGAUUGGGACAAUUUUGGUGGUCUACCAGGUCUUGCACGGUUGUUAGGAGUCCCUUUUUAUCCUGUUUCCUGACUUUAAAAUGUAAAUGCAUUAUAUCUAAUCUCAGAAAUAUCUACAUUUGUCAUUUUAGAUGCACAUGAGAGAAAUUUGAAGGCAGCUAAGGUCAGCUUGAGUAGUUGCCAAUGUGAAUCUUUUUCUGUUAAAUGUUUAAUGUGUUUUCUUUUUUUUCAGACACUGAAAGAUGAAUAACUUGUACUUAGUGGUUGUUUUGACUGGAAAUAAAAUAAGUGAAGAGUGCUUUCUGGCUAUUGCACAUUAAUGUAUAAGUACAUAUACGUAUACACAUAAGCACACUAUAGUCUAUUGUCUAUUAAAAUGUUAAUACUUUCUUCACAAACUGUUGCAAAAAUUCAUUUAUAGACAUUUUAUACUUGAUUCCUGAUGAUGUCAGAGCCAGAAAAUCCAAAAACCUGAGGAAUCCAUGCAGUCCUGCUAUUAGUACAUUAUAUUAUAUUCACUUCUGAAUGGGAUAUUAUGUUAACAGUAAAUGAAUCAAUACAAACCGCAACAGUACCCCUCUAGCUAAUGCUUGGCAUUGGGCAUGGUGACCUUAGGUUCAUGUGAGGCUGCUCCAGAGCAUCCUGUUUAAUUGACAAUGUUCGUAUAUUCUAUGGAGAUUAGGGGCAAUGGGUGCACAUUAAAGGGCCCAUAUCAUAAAAAAAAAACUGAAUUUCCCUCACCUUUUGAAAUAAAAGGUUUUGAUGUAGUAUGUAGUACUGGUAAAGAUUUAAUGUUAACUCCCCAAUCUGAAUAUGGAAACCAGGUAACAAAAUCAGGCUAUUUUGAAUUCACAGAUUUUGUGAUGUC